AUGAGGUCCAAGCCCCCACCUAACCCAUUCUUCUCCUCGCUGCCCUCUGCUCUGCUACGGAAUAUUACUGUACUAAAUAAUUCCGGCCUCGACGAACUUGCCAACACCCGUAUUCCUUUCAGCGACCUUCGAGAGUUUCUUCGAGUCGCCGUCCAGAACGCCAUUCGAGACCGAGACAUCCCCGAGAACGACACCCUGGAGGAAGACAAUGAGCUGGAGACUAGCGGUCAUACACGGGCCCCGUCCAAUAGGUUGGAUGGUAUGUGA